UUUUUUGACACCUUUUUCUCCCCUUCUCACUCAUCACCUUUAUCUUCAACAGCCCCCGCCUCUGUGGGCUUUUAUUCAAGUUCUAUGCUAUGUCUUUAAAGCACUGCUACUGCAUGAAUAACACUGAACUUCCAACUGGGUCAUUCUUCUACAUUCAAGUUACCCUUUCUCAUAAUGGCCAAGGAAGCUUCUUUGUGCCUCUUGUUUCUCUCCUUUCUCAUUAUUUCUUGUUCUGGAGCUCCGGUGGGUUUUUCCUAUCGUGAGAGAGGAGAGACUUCAACAUCUGAAGGAACUAUAUUAUUCCUCCAACAAAGCAAGGUUUCCUUAUCUCAGAUUCGAAUUUUUGUCACAGAUCAUAGGACUUUGAGCACUCUCAUCAACUCCAAUGUAUCAGUUGAUGUCUACUUAAACAAAAGCCAACUUGACAAUUUCAUUACUUCAAAACCUUCUGGAUUUUCUAGACUAAAAGCUCAUCUACUAAACUUCCUCCCUCAUUUUAACGUCAAAACCGUCAUUGCAAGCUGUGGCAGUGAGUGCUUAGCCCAAAAUGAGAUGCCUUUGUUUUUACAUGCCCUUAAAUCAAUUCAUUCAGUUCUCAAUGAGCUUCACACAGGCAAGGAAGUAAAAGUCUCAGUAGCAUUUCCACUAUCAUUCUUAGAGAAGUUGAAUGCAUCACAUGAAAACGAAAUUCGUAUGAUUCUUUCAUUUAUACAGAAAAUAAAAUCCUCUGUCAUGAUAGAAGACAGCAUUGAAGGGGAACUAAGCAUGGGGAAUCACUUUGUUCAGUCUAUUAUCAAACGAGCCACUUUUGCUGCUUCUAUUCUUCCUUGCAAAGAUGUUCCGAUCGUUCUGACAAUCAAGUGCCCAAUUAUCCUAAGUUCAACAGAAGCAGCUCAAUUUAGUGAAAAGGUAUCAAAAUAUAUAGAAGCAAGAACUCAUAUUACAAAAAGAAUAGCUGCAUUAUAUGCAGAAGUGCAUACAACAGAAGGUUUAGUUAAGAAAGAGACCCUAAGCAAAUCCAACAAAAGGAGAAGUCUAGAUGAUACAACCAACCCAACAAACACAAUUUACCCCUCAAAUCCAACAUCAUCAAUACCAAUUAUCACACCCCCAGAUACACCAACAAUCAUCACAGUCCCUUCCACUAAUCCAGUCACAAUUUCACCCACCAAUCCUGCUGCAAUGCCUGUAACAGUUCCUUCUGCAACACCUGUGCCUAUACCUCCCACAAAUCCAGCCAAUUCACCAGCACCACCAGUUUCCAAUCCAGCUACAACAACUCCUGUAGGGACACAACCAGUAACCAACCCAGUGACAUCUUAUCCACCUCCAUCACCGUCAGCGAGUGUUCCCGUCAUAAACCCACAACCUCCCCCAGCAAACACAAAUGCUCCAGCCAUUCAGGGGCAGAGUUGGUGUGUGGCAAAAACAGGAACUCCUGAAUCUUCUCUUCAAGCAGCAUUGGACUAUGCUUGUGGAAUGGGGGGUGCAGAUUGUUCUCAAAUACAGCAAGGUGGGAGUUGUUACAGUCCAGUAACUUUGCAGAACCAUGCUUCUUUUGCCUUCAACAGUUACUAUCAGAAGAAUCCAGCUCCAACAAGCUGUGACUUUGGAGGAACCGCCACCUUAGUUAAUACUAAUCCAAGCUCGGGUUCGUGCAUUUUCCCAUCAUCAUCGUCACCAUCAUCAACGCCAAAGUCAUCAUUCCCAACACCUCCUACACAAUCAAGUCCAACAUCUCUACCACCACCGAGUCCAGUAACACCUGCACCAUCAGUUCCAACAACACCAACACCAUCUAUUCCAACAGCUCCACCAACAACAUCGGCAUCUUCAGGAGCAGGUACUUCCGGGUAUGGUACCCCGCCUUCAGUGUUAAACUCAAGCAACCCAGCAUCAGGUAUGAUGCCAGGUUUUGGGUCCGAAAGCCCUCCAGUUGUAAACACCACUUCGGCAUCGCAUUCUGUAGGUCUGAGACCUUCUCUUGGCUGCAUUGUUCUGAUGAUAUCAUUUGUCACUACAAGACUAAGUGUGCACCUAUAGAUAUAGUAUGUGAGAUGCUCAAUAGAAUCUCUAGCUAUUCGUUAGAGUUGUAUUGUAACGUUAAAUUAGAUGUCGUGUAUAGGUGUAGUGAACAAAGACAAUAGAGUAAGAAGGGAACAGAAGAAGGUGAGUGAAUGUGAGCAGCCAAAUGAUCAUCAAUGUGCUAGACUUAAGCUUAGGUGUGAAGGUGAGGGAAUUUGUACUGUGGAAAUAAAUUCUGUGCUGCUUUUGGCAUCUACACUGUACAACAGACAAUCGAUAUUGAUCAUGUACAUAUAUUUUGAGAGCAAGUAGUUUUUUUCAAUUUUGUGGAGUUGGUAGUUUUUGGGUAAAUUGAUAUGCGUUUAUGGGGGAUUGUUAUUCAUCAAAA